UGGUGAAUUCUCUGCCUCCACUCAAACGAGCGCAGUCUGUAGUUGCGUGAUCACAGCUGGUCUCUCCUCAGUCAGUCAUCCAGCAAGCCUCCUGUACCACCACACGCACUGUACACUAGAUCCUGGAUUUGAUCAGAAAUGUUUUUCUGUAGAUCGGCUUGGCAGAGACUGGGGCUCCUGGCACGAAUGACAGUCGCCCCACCUUUAUCCAGAAAUGUGGUUCCAGUGCGGCAGAUGUCCGUCGGGAUCCCCGGUGGCUCUGCCACCAACGUGGCGUACGCUGUUCUGUGUGGAGGAGGCCUCACUGCCGCUGUGGUCUACGCUUACAAGACAGUGAAUGGUGACAGUGAGCGGUACAAUGACCGACUCGCCGAGAUGAACUUGAGGCCCAAGGAAGCAGCACCAGCAGCAGAGGAAGCAGCACCAGCAGCAGAUGAAGCAGCAGAUGAAGCAGCACCAGCAGCAGAGGAAGUAGAAUCCCCAGAAGAACCGGCACCAGUAGAAGCAGAGGUGUUCGCCGAGGUGGUCGCUGAGACUGCCGCAGUCGAGGAGGCGCCUGCAGCAGCAGAGGAAGUCCUGGAAGAGGUCGCAGCCAAAUCCGUCGCUGUCCUAGAGGCGGUUGCAGAGGUUGCUGUGGAACCAGAGGUCGUUGCAGUUGAGGAGGCGCCCGCAGUGGAAGUUGCCGUGGUUACGGAAGAAGCUCCACCGGAGGCUGACGCAGAGGCCGUCAUCGAGGACGUCGCAGAUGCGGCUCCUGGCGUCGUGGAAGAGGUCGUUGCCGUGGAGGCCGCCGGUGAGGAAGUAGUGGCCGAAGUAGUGGCCGAGACGGCUCCCACCGCCCCUGAGGCAGAAGCAGCGCCUGCCGCCGAGGUGGCAGCAUGAGGGGUCAAAGGUCAACCUAGAGGGGUGUGUUUAGCUGUGGUGUGUCCCUCUUACUACUACCCCCUUCCUCUUACUACUACCCCCCCCCAACCCUACACCUGACCCCCCCCCCUCCCUCUCACUGGCCCCCUCUAUACCCUAUUCCCUAUGUAGUGCACUACAUGGUUUAAAGUAGCACCCUACGUACGGAUUAGGGUACCGUUCUGGAUCACAGCCCCCUAUCUACUAGCACAUGUUACAAUAGGAAGCAGGAGGUGGACUAUGUUCUGUUGAAGAACACUUUAGUUAAGUAUGAUGUCAUGGUAACGGGGACAGCUGUCUCUUCUCCUUUCUGACUCCUUUACACCACAGCUAAAUACAUAGGCGUUUCAGGUUUUAAAAUCAUUCCCGCUCUAUUUGUCAAGCAAUAUGGUCCUAUUUAUCAGUGGGGACAGGAGUGUUUUUUUUUUUCUGGUCGGAUCAUGGUUGUUGGGGAAAACUCCUGGCUCUGUUUUUCUGAGGAGUUCCUAGGUGUUAAAGGGGAAGUAAAGGGAGAUAUUGGAUUCAUGAUGGUACAUGUUGUCCUGACCCACAAACCUAUGUGCAUCUGAAAUGGCACCCUAUUCCCUAUAUAGGGCCCAUAGGCUCUGGUCAAAAGUAGUACAUUGUCACUAUAUAGGGAAUAGGUUGCCUUUCUUGGACACUUCUAAUGUAAAGUUUUCCCAAGUGGCCCUUAGAAUUCAGGACAGAAAAUGGAAACUUCUUUUCCUUCACUUUUGUCUGAAUGACUUUGUCCCUUAAGAUUCCAGAUGGAUGGCGGAGUUCUACAUAAUGUCAGUCUGCCGUCUUUGUUAAAGUUUCCACUCCAACAUGCUCCAAAUUCAGAUUGAAAGGAAGGUCAUGUUAUGAACCUCGAGACGAUAAGCACUUCAAGCAGGUUAAAUGGUUAUUAUACCAGUCAGAGAAGCAUUUUAAUUGCUUUGUGAACUGCAUCUUAUUGUGAAAUGUGACCAAAAAACUGCUAGCUCCUUCCUCCUCCCUGCUCUCUCCUCCUCCUCCUCUGAGUGCUGCUCACACCUCUCCCUAGGAUAAGCUCUAGAAGGAUUAGUCGGUGAUGUCAUAAAGCUCCGUGUUCCAGUGCCCAAAUGGAACUCCCAGUGAUUGGAACUUUGGGGAUCAGUUGGGUCUGUGUCCUCACUGACUUCUUUAUGACAUCAUUUCUGUCUGAUCCUUCUUAUCACGUCCUAGACACUGUGUCAGGGAGAAGUCUGCCCCCACCAAGCACAGAUAAGGGAUCACUUCCCCCCCCUGCCCCCAAUGCUGAGCAAAUAGGGCUGCAACCAGUGGUUCCGGAAGUGGAUUCUCAACCCUCAAAACCCGUAGUGGUAUCAAAUAUUAGCAAUAUUACUGUGCAACGUAGAUGUUCUAUUUUCACCCUGAGAUUGCGAAACAAUUUCUUAUUGUUGAUGUAGUGCCCAUCGGUUAUGAAUGUUUAAAUCACGUUUGUAUUGUCAGUCUGUUUCAAAGAGCACCAAAGCCUCCACUCACCAUGGAGCCUCGCGGUCUGUAUUGUCCAAUCACAGAGCAGAUACAAGUCACGUGAUCUGUUAGCACCACAUGAUGUGGCGUCGAACAGAUCACGUGACUUGGAUCUGCUCUGUGGUUGGAAGAUCCUACAGCUAUCGCCUAUCGCGUACCAUCAUGUGUUCGCUAACAAACCACAUGACUUGUAUUCUGCUCUGUGAUUGGAUGACACAGCCCCCCCCGCUACACUUUUAUUAAAAAAACAAACAUUUUAAAGCCAUUUCUAAUCUUUUCAAUUAUUGGUUCAUCCAGGAGAUUUGUGUAGCUAUUCAUCAUUUGAAACCGCGAUAAGCAGCAUGUAUUAUAAACAAGUGUUUAUACAAAGGAUUUGUGGCCCUGUCAGUUCCUAUGAACCGUAACUGUGGGAAGAGGGGCGCAGCCCGUUGCAGCCCUAGGAAGUGUUAGAAGCGGGGUCUUGGAUAAGUGCUUGGUGGGAAGUGACAACCACUAAAAUGCACCUUUUUUAAAAUGUUAAAUACCUUGUUGUUUACAGAACCUUAAACCUUUACCUUCAACUUCAAACCUCACGUAACAAACUGUAGUAGUGCAUUUCUCCUUUACCUGCCUUACCUCCUAGUGGAACGUUUUAUCUAGAGGAGUCCACUACUAGUUUAAUUAACCAACACUGCAUUGUAACCACGGUGACUGACACACAAACCAGCCAGGACUUACAUGAUGUCAUGGAGCUGUCCAGGACGAUGCUCCCAGGCUGCAUCCCACAUUUCACUUGCCCUCCUACACACACACUACACAUCACUUGAUCAUGCACACACUAACUACACAUUUCAUUGAAUUAUUUUACCUUUAUUUAACUAGGCAAGUCAGUUAAGAACAAAUUCUUAUUUGCGAUGACGGCCUAACCCGGCCAAACCCGCCCCUAACCCGGCCAAACCCGCCCCUAACCCGGCCAAACCCGCCCCUAACCCAGACGAUGCCGGGCCCUAUUGUGCGCUACGUUUCACGAGAGAACUAUGUUUGUGGCCUAUGGGCCCUGGUUUAAAACUAGUGCAUUUUAUAGGGAUCCAGUUGUGAUGCAGACACACAUUCUACUAAUACUGUCACACUGUUUUUUUUUUUCUUUUUCUUCAGCCAACCAAUCAUUCACCACCACCAUCUGUCAAAAAGUCAAAGCUUUGUUUUGUUCAUUUAGUUUAUUUGCGUCGAUGCUGUUACGAGUCAGUCUUUUUAUUUCCUAACUGUGAAAGGUAAACAUUAAGGGAACAUUUUUAUAAUAAACCCAACGAUCUCACUUCAACACUACUGUUCUAUUCAUCUCCAACUCAUCGACAUUGGAAAUGUUGUUCUGUCUGGAGAUGGUCGCCAUGGGCCAACUAAUAAUGCACCCUGACAACUUUAAGGAAAUGUUUUCUAAAGUAUCAGUGAAGAAGAGAUUCAGGAAGCUGAAGUCCUUCAAUAAAGACGUUGUCAGUUA